GUGCUAUGAGCCAAGGGAUAAUUGAAAGAUCAGAACUGAGGAAGGCCAGCCAAUACCAGAAUUGCACCUUAUCAUCUGAUGUCACCUCUCAGGUAGUUCAGGCUUUUUACUCUAAGCAUUAUAAAGAUUACAAGGGCAGGUCCAGGCAGCCAGAUCACACUGCCUCAUUCUGACCACGACGUAACGUAGUGAAUUGGGACAUGCUCUUAACAAACUUUAGAUUUGCUAAGACUGUUGACUUAAUUUUCUGAAGAAAAGAAAGAGAGUGAUUAGAGCUUCAAGUUUACAAGAGAAACAAGGACAAGAGAAACAUGGCUGCAUUGGGGCUUGAGAUUCUGGGAAUAUCGCUCUCUGUUCUCGGCUGGGUGCUCAGCAUCGUGUGCUGCGCCCUUCCCAUGUGGAGGGUCUCCGCAUUCAUUGGAUCCAACAUCAUCACAGCUCAGGUUUAUUGGGAGGGUAUUUGGAUGAGCUGUGUGUUUCAGAGUACCGGACAGAUGCAGUGUAAAGUCUACGACUCCAUUCUGGCUCUCCCUCAGGACCUGCAGGCGGCCCGAGCUCUGACCGUAGUGGCCAUUGUCCUGGGCGUCCUGGCUCUUCUGGUGUCCAUUGUGGGGGCUAAGUGCACCAACUGCAUCGAGGACGAGGCUGCCAAAGCCCGUGUGAUGAUCAUUUCUGGGGUCAUCUUCAUAACCGCAGCCAUCACGCAACUCAUCCCUGUCUCCUGGUCGGCCAAUACCAUCAUUCGGGAAUUCUACAGUCCACUUGUGCCAGAGGCCCAGAAGAUGGAGAUUGGUGCCUCACUGUUCACCAUGUCAAUGGGAAUGGAACUUGGGGGCAUCGCCAUGGGGAUAAUAGGCUGGAUCAUAGCUAUUGUAACCUGUGCUCUGCCUAUGUGGAAGGUCACGGCUUUUAUUGGAGCUAACAUUGUCACGGCACAAGUCAUCUGGGAGGGCAUCUGGAUGAACUGUGUGGUUCAGAGCACUGGACAGAUGCAGUGUAAGGUGUACGACUCCAUGCUGGCUCUUCCUCAGGACCUUCAGGCGGCCCGAGCCAUGUCCAUCAUCUCCAUCAUCCUGGGUGUGUUGGCUGUAAUGAUCUCCAUCAUGGGUGCAAAGUGCACCAACUGCAUUGAGGAUGAGGCAUCCAAGGCAAAAGUCAUGAUCGUCUCUGGCAUCUGCUUCAUCAUCUCUGGGCUCCUGACACUUAUCCCGGUGUCCUGGACCUCCAGCACCAUUGUUCAGGAUUUCUACAACCCGCUGGUGCCAUCCACUCAGCGCAGGGAGUUGGGAGCAUCGCUGUACAUAGGCUUCGGUGCUGCUGUCCUUCUUAUCAUUGGAGGAGCAUUGCUGUGCUGCACCUGUCCACCACGCGAGAACAGGUACAAGCCCCCGAAGAAAGCCUAUACUGCUCCUCGCUCCGUCAGUGGCUACGGGAAGGACUAUGUAUGAAAUUCUUUAAAAGACAGGUAAAGAUUUAAUGAAGGAAGACAAGCAAUCUUCUGAGUAGACUCCGAGAUGAAGGGCUGUGUUAUGCUGUUCAUAUUUGCUUUGUGCUGUGUUUGCUGUGUGUAUUUGGAGAUGCUUUUAAGAAUGUACCUGCUGAAUGAGGAUUUGCAAUGUGAAAUGGUUAAAUAUAAUGAGCUUGCAUUUAUAUUGUUGGAGCUAGUUACAUUUUUAUACAUGUUUUAGUUCUUUCUUUCUUCUUUCUUCUUAACCUUGCUAUGAAGCUCCAUAACUACACUCAGGAUGAAAGGAAGCACUGCUUUUUUUACAUGCAUUUGCUUAUGAAAAUCAGACAAGGGACAGAAACUGAUGACGCACGUGGAUGAGGACUGAGACCUACAUUAUUUUUAUUUUCUUCUACAAGCUUUAAGAAUUUGAAUGGACUUAUGUUUCUAUUAAUUAUAAUUUGCAGAUUACCUUUUUUACUUACUGUGUUAAGAAUCUACUAAACAUUGUUAAAUCAUUUUACUUGAAGUGCAACAGGCUAUGCUGUUCUUUAUUCACUUAUCUAAAUGCUUACGUUUUUGAGCAGAAUUUAAUUCAAAAUUGAACUAAAGAGACUUUUGUGAUAUAAUAAAAAAACCCUGAAAAGGUG